ACACCGCCAACACUUAUGAAGUGUCCCUUCUAAUAUUGUAAUACAAAUUACAUUGAGCUAUGGUAACUUUACAGACUUUUCUCUUUCCCUGGAGUACAUUGGAAUAACCCUUCUCAGGGUUAGCGGUGCUCGGGUCCGGUAACAACAUGGCGGCGUCCGUGAGGGGCUCCUUUGGGCAGGGGUAGUGUUUGGUGUCCCUGUCUUGCGUGAUAUUGACAAACUGAAGCUUUCCUGCACCACUGGACUUAAGGAAGAGUGUACUCGUAGGCGGACAGCUUUAGUGGCCGGCCGGCCGCUCUCAUCCCCCAUAAAGAGCAGAGUCCUUUGUACUGACCAGGAUGAGCAACAUCUACAUCCAGGAGCCUCCCACGAAUGGGAAGGUUUUAUUGAAAACUACAGCUGGAGAUAUUGACAUAGAGUUGUGGUCCAAAGAAGCUCCUAAAGCUUGCAGAAAUUUUAUCCAGCUUUGUUUGGAAGCUUACUAUGACAAUACCAUUUUUCAUAGAGUUGUGCCUGGUUUCAUAGUCCAAGGCGGAGAUCCUACUGGCACAGGGAGUGGUGGAGAGUCUAUCUAUGGAGCGCCAUUCAAAGAUGAAUUUCAUUCACGGUUGCGUUUUAAUCGGAGAGGACUGGUUGCCAUGGCAAAUGCUGGUUCUCAUGAUAAUGGCAGCCAGUUUUUCUUCACACUGGGUCGAGCAGAUGAACUUAACAAUAAGCAUACCAUCUUUGGAAAGGUUACAGGGGAUACAGUAUAUAACAUGUUGCGACUGUCAGAAGUAGACAUUGAUGAUGACGAAAGACCACAUAAUCCACACAAAAUAAAAAGCUGUGAGGUUUUGUUUAAUCCUUUUGAUGACAUCAUUCCAAGGGAAAUUAAAAGGCCAAAAAAAGAGAAACCAGAGGAGGAAGUAAAGAAAUUGAAACCCAAAGGCACAAAAAAUUUUAGUUUACUUUCAUUUGGAGAGGAAGCUGAGGAAGAAGAGGAGGAAGUAAAUCGAGUUAGUCAGAGCAUGAAGGGCAAAAGCAAAAGUAGUCAUGACUUGCUUAAGGAUGAUCCACAUCUCAGUUCUGUUCCAGUUGUAGAAAGUGAAAAAGGUGAUGCAGCAGAUUUAGAUGAUGAUGGAGAAGAUGAAAGUGCAGAGCAUGAUGAAUAUAUUGAUGGUGAUGAAAAGAACCUGAUGAGAGAAAGAAUUGCCAAAAAAUUAAAAAAGGACACAAGUGCGAAUGUUAAAUCAGCUGGAGAAGGAGAAGUGGAGAAGAAAUCAGUCAGCCGCAGAAAAAUUAAUUCAAGAUGGAUUAAAGACUUAAAUGUUAGACCUAAAACCAUAAAAACCCUAGAAGAAAACCUAGACAACCCCAUUCAUGACAGGCAUGGGCAAGGACUUCGUGACUAAAACACCGAAAGCAAUGGCAACAAAAGCCAAAAUUGACAAAUGGGAUCUAAUUAAACUAAAGAGCUUCUGCACAGCAAAAGAAACUACCAUCAGAGUGAACAGGCCACCUACAGAAUGGGAGAACAUUUUUACAAUCUACCCAUCUGACAAAGGGCUAAUAUCCAGAAUCUACAAAGAACUUAAACAAAUUUACAAGAAAAAAUCAAACAACCCCAUCAAAAAGUGGGCAAAGGAUAUGAACAGACACUUCUCAAAGAAGACAUUUAUGCAGCCAACAGACACAUGAACUCAUCCUUUUUUAUGGCUGCAUAGUAUUCCGUGUUGUAUAUGUGCCACAUUUUCUUAGUCCAGUCUAUCACUGAUGGACAUUUGGGUUGGUUCUAAGUCUUUGCUAUACAUUUAUUGAGCAUCUGAUGUGUGAUUAGGGCACAUUUAAAAAUGAUAUGUCUCAGCUGGUUCUUCAAGGAUUUGAAUAUGUUGUCUAUUAUAUUAUGUUAUGCUUAUAUCAGUAAUUGCCUUACAUUACAAAUAUGGUUUAUUUUUGAGCCACACAUUUGAUUUUGUGUACUUCAGACAUUCAGUAGUGCUCAAACAGGUUUACUCCUCAUCAGACCUGUGAUAGUUUUCUAGCUUAUUAUUUCUAUUUUCUGCUUAGUGAAAAUGCCAUUUUUCAAAAUGUUGAAUGACAAUUUCUUGAAUUAUAGAAUUAUAAUUGCUAAGGUAAUUUUCAUGUUUGCUGGUUAGUACAUUUUCUUCCCCUUAGGGAAGUUGAAAAUCCCUACUUUCCUCCCCUCCCCCCGCCACCAUGUGUAUAUAUACACACUCACUCACACUUGUAGAAGAGAGUGUAGUUUUAUUCAGCAUUUCUCAAACUUUUUGGCCUCAGGACCCUUUACAAUCUUAAAAAUUAUUGAGGACUCCAAAAAGCUUUUAUUUAUUUGAGAUAGAUAGAUAGAUAGAUAGAUAGAUAUGGAUAUAGAUAUAGAUAUAGAUGUUUACUUUAUUAGAAAUUAAAACAGAAAUUUUUUUUUUUUUUUUUGAGACGGAGUCUGGCUCUGUCACCCAGGCUGGAGUGCAGUGGCGCAAUCUCAGCUCACUGCAAGCUCCGCCUCCCGGGUUCACGCCAUUCUCCUGCCUCAGCCUCCCGAGUAGCUGGGACUACAGGCGCCCGCCACUACGCCCGGUUAAUUUUUUUUUGUAUUUUUAGUAGAGACGGGGUUUCACCAUGUUAGCCAGGAUGGUCUCGAUCUCCUGACCUCGUGAUCCGCCCGCCUCGGCCUCCCAAUGUGCUGGGAUUACAGGCGUGAGCCACCGCGCCCGGCCUAAAACAGAAAUUUUAAAAAACAUUUGAAAAAUUACCUAUAAGGUUUUAUGUUGAUUACCUGGGUGACAAAAUUAUCUAUACACCAAACCCCUGUGACACACAAUUGACUCAUGUAACAAACCUGCUCAUGUACCCCUUGAACCUAAAAUAAAAGUUGGAAAGGAAAACUAAUAAUAAACUCCAUUAAAUCUUCACAUAAAUAACAUACAUUUUAGAAAAAAAUAACCAUUUUGCCAAAAAAAAUUGAGUGGUUUUAUUUUACAUUUUUAUAACUAAUAACUGGUUUAAUAGAAGGCAGCUAGAUUCCUAUAUCUGCCUCUUUAUUCACUCUGUUGCAUGUACUAUGUUGUCUUGGUCAAGCUGUAGAAGGCAAAUCUGGCUUUACAUAGAUAUAUAAUGUGAGAAAGGAGGACUAUUGAAUAGCACAUAUAUUUGUGGUUAUUCUUUUUUUAAUACUUAACCAAAACUCAACAAGUAGUAAUUUCUUAUAAGUUGCAUGCAAUGUAAAAUCUAAAACCAAAUAAAUAAACCCUUCCUAGUCUCUUGUACAUUAAAA